AUGUCUUCACGAUCUUUCCUCCAGAUAGGGGUCGCUUUCCUAGUCUUCUUCACAGUUCGCUCGACUGCGCAGCGCCACCUCGACGUACCAUGGAGUGACAAGAAAUAUGGCCCCGAUGGGCCAUGGCAGGCCGUGCGAGUAACUUUCGGAGGCAACGACACCAAUCUGAAAAUAGGAGGUCAGAACCAUGCCGACGUCGACGUCUAUCCGGGAGGGACGUUUGAGAGUUUCGUCUUUAGCCGAUCCGCUUGCGAUCCUUUCCCGGACAGUGCCUGUGGGGAAGGAGGAACGUGGGAGCCCGAAGCCGGUGCAACAAGCUUCAUACCAGCGAAUGGUUGGCAUCCUACUGUCAAGUUCCCAUCAUUCGGCCUAGUAGCAGGCCCCGCGAACUACACGGACCGAGCAUUGACCAUUGGCGGCGCGACUGUCUGGAACGCCUCAAUCAUGCAUACAAAUUCGGGCAAUAUCACGGCAUUCGACGGCAAGACUUCAGGGUUGAGGCUUGGCUACCUAGGCCUUGGGGCUGCAGAGCAAGUACAAACCUUCUCGGUGAGCGACAGUGUGGCGGGACACGAUGUCUCGCUCAACGUUUACAACGGAAAGCUAUACAAGGAUGGCAUCAUCGGUUCAUACUCAUAUCUACUACAUAUUGGAUCCGCGGCGUUCGACUACCCUGGCUCGCUGGUGUUCGGCGGUUACAACAAAGGUCGCGUUAUAGGUCCGCCAACGUCAUUUCGGGACCAGGAUAAAGUUGACCUCCUUGACAUUGGCAUCGGGGUUGAGUAUGGCGAAUCACCCUUCGAAGUGGACAGCAUCAGUAAUCUGCUUGUCGCCGACACUGGUGAGACCGGCAAGGCCCAACAAGUCAUCAUCGACCCUCGUAAUCCGUACCUCUCACUGCCGGACAACACGUGCGAAGGUCUUGCCAAAGUGCUUCCAAUCAAGUACGACCCAACGACGAAAUACUUUCUCUGGAAGACGGACGACCCAAACUACACCAAGAUCGUCACUUCUCCCGCAUACCUCAGCUUUACCUUCCCUCCUGGCUCUGGAGCUAGCCUCAACGUCACGAUCAAAGUCCCCUUCGCACUACUCAACCUCACACUUGACACCCCUAUCGUCGAGAAGCCAACACCCUACUUCCCCUGCCACUCUUACACGCCUACCAACGACGAAGACCGCUAUAGACUAGGCCGUGCAUUCCUCCAAGCAGCAUACGUUGGUCGCAACUGGGCUUCGCAGAUCACAUGGCUUGGUCAAGCUCCUGGACCAGGCUUCAACGGUCAGGGCCUAGGCGAUCAACUCACAGACAUUGCCGACGGGGCGACGACUCUGGACUACUGGGAUAGCGAGAAGACGAACUACUUCAAUCAGAGCUGGGCGGGACAUUGGAGUGUCGUUGAGAGUGUGAAGCCAAACUCACCCAACGACACCGAUGUCAACACAACAGGGAGUCAUACCAGAUCUGAGCAAGAGCUGUCAACGGCCGCCAAAGCAGGUAUCGGGAUCGGCGCUGCACUUGGCGGUAUAGCUAUCAUCGCCGUUAUCCUCUUCCUAUGUUUCCGACGCAAACACAACCGUAAAGUCGUUCCGGAUGAUGGUCUUCCCACACCGCAACAACACGCAUAUGGCUCGCCAAUGUCGCCAAUGUCGGCGUUGUCACCAAUGCCAGCGCAAUAUGGUCAGCCAGAGAAAAAGAACAAUGAGUUCUAUUCGGGUACUCAGGAGAUGUACACGGCUCCGGUGGCUCAGGAGUUGCCUGAUUCGAACGACGUGCGACACAAUUGA